AUGUCUAUUUGGGCUUUAAAUGCCUCAAGAAAAAAAGGGAAUGAGUUAGUACCUGGAUCAUCAAAAUAUAUAUCAAAUGAAUUAAGUACACAAUUUUCAAUUGCAUCUUCAAAUAUUGAAAAUCAUUUUACAAUUAUAAAUAAUCAAGUUAAUAAUUUAUCACAAUUUAUGAGUAAAGUAUACAAUGAAGAAGAUAUUGAUUUUAAUAAUUUAAUUUCAUCCACUGAAAAUUCUAGAAAUGCAUCACCUAUAAAAACAAUUGAUUCUAAGAUUAAAUCAUCGCUUAUUAAAGAUCUAGAGAUUCGAAAACUAAAAGAUCUAGAUGAAAAAUCAGAAGUAGAACCAAAGAUUGUUGCUGGUCAACAAAUCAAAACAUUAGAAAAGCUUAAUCAUUUAAUAGAAAAUACAAAAUCAUCAAUUAAUACCCUGGAUAAAUUAUCAAAUAGUACACAAGAAGAUAAGUCAUCAAAUAAUAAACACGAACCCAUGGUGGAUAAUUCUAUACCUGAUAAUAGUUUCCAACAAAAUCAACCACUGAAUACUUCGUUUGAGCAAAAUGCAAAAUCAUCAACCAAUACCCUAGAUAAAUCGUUGAAUAGUACACAAAAAAAUAAGUCAUCAAAUAAUAAACACGAACCCAUGGUGGAUGAUUUUUUAUCUAAUAAUAGUUUUCAACAAGAUCAACCACAAAAUACUUCAUUUGAGCUGGUCUCAGACGAAUCAUUUCAAGCAAUCAGUACAGCAAUUAGGAAAAGUAUUGCUGGCAAGAUUAAAGAAGAAAAUAAUCACCAGAAAAAUGUACCCAAAACUCCUAGAGCAAGAAGUUCAAUAUUUGUAUCACUACCCGCAAGAGAUCCAAUUCUAUUAAAAUCAGCAAGUAAACCCAAGUCAACUACUAAAAAGCAAAUCGAAAAUAAUUUCAAGCUAUCUCCUGUCAAAAUAAUACCAACAACAAUUAUACCAAAACCACAAGAUGAUACAUUGAAAACAGAAGAUGUACAAUCAAGUCCUGAAAAAUUAGAUUUAUUUACAAGUAAUGAACCAACAAGAAAUAUAACUGAAGAAGUUCAACCGACAAUAACUUUAUGGGAUAAAAUUGGUCAAUAUAGAGCAUUAUCUCCCAAAAAGUUUCUGUUAAGUCCCAUAAAAUUUGAUAAAAAUUCUAAUUUGAAAAAAUCACCUUUGAAAAAAUUAUCUUCAAAAUCACCCUCAAAGUCACCAAUAAAGUCAUCAAUAAAAUUGAGAAAGUCAUUAAUCAAAUCACCAAUUAAAUUAUCUACAAAAUCAUCUAUAAAAUCACCAGUGAAACCUCAAUUGAAAAUAGAUGUGAAGUCUCCUACAAAAACAAACCUUAAAAAAAACACAACUCCAAUAAGAAGUCCAACUAUAUCUCGCCUUUUUGCUCAAACUGCUUCAAGUGCUGCAAAGAAAGUUCAACCAAAAAGAAAUGAACUAAAAACAAAUCGUCUACCUUCAAAAAUUACUAGAAAGCCAUUAAAAUUAAAUGAUAUACCACCAAUAGAAUUUACAAACUUACCAAAAUUAACCAAAAAAUCAAUGAUGGAACAAAGAAGUGAAGCAGCAGCAUUAAAACCAAGACAAAAAAUUAGAGUAAAUUUAAGAAAAUCAGAAGUUAAUAAGUCGAAUAUAUUACCUCCACCAAUAACUCCUGCAAAAAAUUAUACUCCUGAUAAUUUACCAGAAAUUUUAUCAGAUGAUAAUCAUAAACCAUUAAAAUCAUGGGGUAAAACUCCAGAAAUAUAUAAAAUUACAAAAUCAAAGAGAAAUAUUGAUCCUUCAAAAAUUUUUAGUAAAAAGCAUUCAGUUGAUUUAUUGGAAGUGUUUAAUAAGCAAGUUAGUUCAUCACCUGUUCCGACUCCAGACAAAAAUGAUAGAGAUCAAUAUUAUAAAAGUUUGUUUGAAUAA